UCAGACAUAUUGACUGCUUUUUUGUGUGUGGUUUUUUUGGUGGCAUUUUAUUUACAAUAACGAUGUUACGGAGAGGGCAGGCGAUGCUGCCUUUCUUCUUAUUGGCCUGGGUCUUGAGGCUCACACAAGCUCUUGCUUCAGCUCAUGAUCGCCUGCAGGAUGAAGCGGCUGCAAAUUCCAUGUCAGGGACAGGAAACUUGGAUCGUGGAGGGAACUUGAGCUUGCCUGCUGAUUUAGCCAUUCCUUAUGCUGAGGAUGUUUUUUCUAAACAAGAUAACUUUUCACCAAAUGGAAAAAGUGAACUUUUUGAGGUUGCUGGGUAUUCUGCAGAUCAACAGCGGCAGUCUCUUGAUCAUGUGUUUUCUGAGUCUGAUGCUGCAAACCAUGGACUUUUUGAUUUCAGCCAGCAUUCUAGGUAUGAUGAGGAUGCACUUGAACAGCCUGUCUCUUCCAAUCUGUAUAGUGAUCACUUCAAUUCUGAUUUGACCAAGAACUCUGUCCCUUUUGUUGCUGAUGAGUACCAUAUGGCUUCAGAAUCUGAAGGCGAUGUGGAACAUGUACUCUUUACUGAUCAGAGUAAUGACCGUGAUGCGGACUUCCCUCAAGUCUUUGCAUAUGCUGAUUUGGCUACUUCCGAUAAAGAAAAUGUGUCUAAUAUUGCUACCCUUCUAGAAGAUAAUGAUUCUGUUAUUAAUCUUGCCGCAGACGUGGGUAUAGGUGAACUUGGCAAAGAGUUUGAUUCUUCUGACAACUAUAAAUCUGGUACCUAUUCUGAAACCCUAGGCUAUGAGUCUGUUGCCUUUUCAGAUCUUGAAAAGAAAGGCACUGAUACUUUGCGUCCUGAUGUGCAUUCCUAUCAUCGUGAGGACCUAGUUACUGGUGACCUUACUGGAAUGCCCGUUUCUUCUUUUGACCGCUCUGUACUUACCGAUAUAAAUCUGGAGUUGCAUAAAGCUCUUUCUCCAGCUUUUAAAAUUGCCAGUGCACGCAACUCUCCUGUUCUCUCUGAAGGUGACGGUUUGCCAAGCAGCAUCUAUGAUGCCUCUGUAGGGCUCUAUGGUGUAUUUAAUCUACCUAUUACCCCAGAAAACCCUCCUCCCCAUAGCACAGGAGAGCCAUCCACCCUGGCUUCCGCAACUACAUGCGGUGUUGCAGACAUGACCAUCAAAUUGUUUGGUGGAAGGUUGACGGACCUUAAAGUGCAAGCCGACUUCAUAUUUGUUGAAGUAAGCAAGAUUCCGCAGAGGUGCAGGUACAAGGUGUUGGAGAGAAAUGGAGUGGUCCACUUUACAACUGCCUUCAAAGGUUGCAAUGUGAAGGCACUGGGUGGGCAAUAUGUCCUGACCCUGAUGUGGCGGAACCACUAUGUGCAUAUGUCCUGUCCAAUUUCUACACCUGAUGGACCUAUUACAAUCUGUGGUAAGAGUAGCAUGACCAUCAAACUCCCAGCAGGACCAAUAGAAGCGCUUCGUGUAAAAAAUAAAUUCAACAAAUGGGUAUCCAUUUAUGAAGUUGCUGUUAAAUGCAAAUAUCAACUGUUGAGUGAUUCAGAGGGAAGGAUCACUUUCACUACUUCCUACAAUGGAUGUCACGUGAGGAGAUUGAUGGAUCGUUAUUUCUAUAACCUCUACUAUCAAAUGGCUCCAGGGAAGCUAGGACAGGCACUCGUGUCUUGUAGGACCGGAAUUAAUGUUACAGUCCCACCUGAAGAGUCUUUGCCUUCUGUGUUUUGUGGCAAGUCUGGCAUGAUGAUCAAAUUGCCUAAAGGAAGUCUUAAUGCAGUCAAAGUGAGAGAUGGUUUUGACAAGGCAAUACCUGUCGGUAGUAUUGCCGAGCAAUGCAAUUAUCAACUCUUUCAAAUGAAGACUGGACACAUCAUCUUGAUUGCUUCCUUCCAAAGCUGUCAAGUUGCAUUUGUGGAUGGUUGCUUUGCCUUGAGCCUCCAAUUCCAGCAUGCUGAUGGUGUAAUGGGAGAGGCGUCUGUGCUUUGCCAUGCGGGUGGGAAGCCAAAACCAACUUCCCAACCCGAGACUCCUACAACUCAAGAAGUAACUUCCAGUAUACUGUCUACAGUAAUUCCUGCAGAUGUGUCUGCUACCAUCUGCAACAAGGAUGGCAUGACAGUAGUGCUACCCAAUGGUCCUUGGUGGGGGAUUAGAGUGAAAGAUCUUUCUGGCCAAGAGAUCACUGUGACUAGUGCUUUGGCAGAACGAUGCCAUUACAAUCUCUCUCUGCAUCUGGAGAAAAUAAUCUUUACAACUACCUACACUGGCUGUUUUGUUGAGGAAGUGGGAGGUCGGUAUGUUCUGACUGUCCUGUACAGGACAGCUACUUGGAAUCGAGGGUCUGUGCGGAUGGAAUGUCCAACCAGUGCUGGAAGCCCUACAGAAUUGCCUCUUCUUCCAGCCACUGUGGAGAAACCCAUUCCUGUCUGCAGGUCCUCUAACAUGACUGUGGUGCUGCCGGCAGGAUCUCUAAAAAAAAAGUCUUUGUACUAGAUGAAUUCAAGAGGCCAGUAAAAGUCAUUGAUGCGCCCAAUUCCUGCAAUUACAGCUUGGUGGAGAGACGAGGACGGAUCCUCUUCACAGCUCCCUACAGUGCCUGUGAUGUCAAGAUCUUG